AUGUUCACGAGUCGGGCAGAGCUCCUGGAUAAAAACGAGACAACCGCUCAGCAUGAGCGUUCUCAGCGUGAGGAAGCUGAGAAAGUGGAGCAAGACAAAAGGAAUACGCAUCCAAGAGAAGGGGGAUUGUUCCGGGGUACAUUCAAUAAACCAAUCCAUCAGGCGCCCAUCAUCGACGUUGAAGAUAAUGUCAUUCGCUGUCCGCGCUGUUCUUGGGAACUUGAAGAUGAUGCCGGCUGCGCGCGCUGUGGAUACCAUCGAGACGAUCAAUCAGUAACGGACGCUUCCGAAUCGGUGACCGGAUGGACCGAAGAGGAGGAGAACUCUGAGAUGACUGAUUACUACGAUGACGAAGUUGACGUUGGGUUUGGCGGUGGCUACCGCAAUGGCUGGGCACUCGAUCAACUUUUCCACCAUCUAACUCCCGCUCUCCGGGGCCAAAUUCAACGCCUCCCUUCCGUCGACUCAGCAAGUCUUGACUAUUCGGAAAUCGACGACUACGAUGGCGGGGAAGAGGAUGCUGAUAUGGAUUCUUUCAUUGAUGACGACGAACAUAUCGGCCGCGAUUACGUCUCUGAUUCAGAUAUAUCUACCGUCGUCGGUGGUCUGGACCGUAACGGAGCCCAUUACGACGGGUCACAGUUGGACUCUGACUCUUCAAUGUCACACACUAGUGAUGAUGAGGAUAGUUUGAACGAGCUUACGCCAACUGGAUCCAGCUACCUGGACCACGAUGAGCAAGAUGAUGAACAUGACGUCGACGACGACGAUGACGACGAUGAGCCUGUACGGCCGCCCGUCAACGGGAACCGCCGUCGUCGGGGACCUACCUACGAUGAAGUAGUGAUAUCAGUGAGAACUCAGUCAAAUUCACCCCCGACUGUUUUCACCUCCAGAAUAUCGCAUCAAACGAGUUCCCACUCGGCUCGUCGCAGUAUGUCAUCUCAUCAGAAUCAAGCGUCUACUGCGGGAUCAUCGGCCUAUAAUGCGAUUAACCUGGAAGAUGAUUCUGACGAGGGCCCCGUUGGACCGUCACGGCGGGCAAGAAACAGAAGGGGUUGCAGGGUUCAAGUCUACUGA